UUCUCAUCUCAGUUGUCUGUUCUGUUUAAAUACUUAAAAAUAAAAAAUAAAAACCUUCGCUUUGCUGGCUUUUGCAAUUCGCAUAAAUAUUCCGAUCAUUUUCGGUCUCUGAGUUUUCGCGCCACCGCCUUUCCGAAGACCGAUUGAAUUUAAUGCACUCUCUUAAGAAAUCUCUCCGGAAAUUAGGGCUUGACAAGUUUGCCAAGAAAGGCUCCAGUUCCGCCAUGUCGACUCCGGGGGUGCGGUUGCACUUUCAUGACCAGAAUGUAGUGGUGGACAAUGGCUUACUUCAACUAACAUUAUCAGUUCCAGAUGGGAUUGUUACCAGCAUACGAUACCAUGGCGUCGACAAUCUGCUUGAAGUUCUUAAUAAGGAAUCUAAUCGAGGGUACUGGGAUCUUGUUUGGAGUGCACCAGGAAGUAAAGGAAUAUUUGAUGUGAUUAAAGGUACUGAUUUUAGGGUCAUUUUGCAUACUGAAGAACAAGUUGAGCUCUCGUUUACAAGAAUGUGGGAUCACUCACUUGAAGGGAAGUUCGUUCCUUUAAAUAUAGACAAAAGGUUUAUAGUGCUCCGUGGUUCGUCGGGCUUCUACUCCUACGCCAUAUAUGAGCACUUGAAGGAUUGGCCUGACUUUGACAUUGGUGAAACCAGGAUCACUUUCAAGCUGAGAAAAGACAAGUUUCAGUACAUGGCAGUGGCGGACAAUAGACAAAGAUACAUGCCCCUGCCUGAUGAUCGGUUAUCAGGACGAUGCCAAACUUUAGCUUACCCAGAAGCUGUCCUACUUGGCAAUCCCAAGAUACCUGAGCACCAAGGAGAGGUGGAUGACAAGUACCAGUACUCAUGUGAAAACAAAGACAAUCGGGUCCAUGGGUGGAUAUGCACCAACCCGCCCAUAGGAUUCUGGCAGAUCACUCCUAGUGAUGAGUUCCGAUCUGGAGGACCACACAAACAGAAUUUGACUUCCCAUGUGGGACCCACCACCCUUGCUAUGUUUCUUAGCGCUCAUUAUGCGGGUCAAGAUCUGGUGCCAAAAUUUAGAGAAGGUGAACCAUGGAAGAAGGUUUUUGGUCCUGUUUUUAUCUAUCUUAAUUCUGCUCCCAUAGGAGAUGACCCAUUUUCGCUGUGGGAGGAUGCUAAGAUACAGAUGAUGACAGAAGUUCAAAGCUGGCCAUAUAGUUUCCCAGCUUCUGAGGAUUUCCAGAAAUCGGAUCAACGGGGUAAUUUCAGUGGCCAAUUACUUGUUUUGGACAGGUCUAUAAGUGAAGACUGUUUAUCAGCAAAAGAUGCCUAUGUUGGUUUGGCGCCUCCAGGAGAAGCAGGAUCGUGGCAAAGAGAAUGCAAGGACUAUCAAUUCUGGGCUAGAGCGGAUGAGAAUGGUUAUUUUUCCAUAAAAAAUGUACGCACUGGUGACUAUAACCUUUAUGCAUGGGUCCCUGGUUUUAUUGGAGAUUACCGAUACAAUGCUCUUGUUACCAUAAGCCCAGGUUGUUAUAUUGAAAUUGGCAAUCUUGUGUAUGAGCCUCCAAGAGAUGGACCCACAUUGUGGGAAAUUGGCAUUCCUGAUCGUUCAGCUGCAGAGUUCUAUGUUCCGGAUCCCGAUUUAAAGCAUAUUAACAAACUUUUUGUCAAUCAUCCUGACAGGUUUAGGCAGUAUGGACUUUGGAGCAGAUACACAGAAUUGUAUCCCUAUGAAGACUUAGUUUACACUGUCGGUGUUAGUGACUACUCCAGAGAUUGGUUCUUCGCGCAGGUUCCCAAGAAAAAAGAUGAUAACUCUCAUGAAGGAACAACAUGGCAAAUCCGUUUCAAACUUAACAAUGUAGAUCGAAAUGGUACAUACAAACUGCGUGUCGCAAUUGCAUCCGCAACUCUAGCUGAAUUGCAGGUUCGAGUUAAUGAUCCGAAAACAAGACGACCCCUUUUUACCACUGGACUGAUAGGGAGGGAUAACUCAGUUGCGAGACAUGGAAUUCACGGGCUCUACUGGCUGCAUAGCAUCAACAUACCAGGGGAUAAGCUUGUUGAGGGAGAUAAUACUCUCUUCCUCACACAACCCAGAUGCACCAGCCCUUUCCAAGGGAUUAUGUACGACUAUAUACGUUUAGAAGGUCCCCCUUCUUGCUGAGCCAAACAGAAAUCCGAGUGAUAAACGUUUUCUUCCAUGAAGAUUUUAUUUGCAUCUUCAACGAGUAAUCUAGUCGUGUACAUAUGUAUAUAUAUGUCAUGUUUACGAGGAUCCCGGGGAAGAAAUACCUAUGCAUAGUGGAAUAUGUUGUAUAUAAGACGUUUUAUAUCAAACUAUAAA